AUGCACUCUCCUAAUUCCAUCUCGCCCGGACUGGAAGUGAAAGACACUCGUGAGCCCCGAGUCGCGGACGGGGAGAGCAGGAGCCCGGGUCCGGGGCGGGCUCGGGCGUCCGCGGCUCAGAGGCCUGCCCUGAGUCCCCAGAACCCGCCCAGCCCCCUCCAAAGCGUCCAGGUACGCACUCGCUUCCGCCGGGCCCCAGAACUCCGGGAACCCACGGGGUGGGCGUGGGGGGUUGGGGAGGGACACCCCCCCCAGCCGCGCCGGACGCGCCCCGCCCCGGGAGUGCCGCCCACUUCCCCAGCCCAGGCCGCCCCGAAGCGGGGCCAGCGACGCGGCGGGGCCCGAGGUGGGCCUCGCUUCUACUUACUGCCGGGGAGCCGGCCCCGCGUGGCGCGCCUCGCUUUCCCCGCCCCGAGCGCGGCCGCCGCCGCCGCAGCCACCCGCCUUAAAAGGCCGGAAGCCGGGAGCCGGGAGCCGGCGGGGCGCGGGCUGCGCGGGCAGGCGGCGGGGGUGGGCGGCGCGCGCGCCGGGAGACACGCGUUUCCGGUCCCUCCUACCCCGGACAGGUGCCCCGCGGCGCACAGGGUCGCAGGUGUGCGGGGCGCGCGCUGGAGGAGGACGCUGAGGGAGAGGACAUCCGGCCUCCCUCCGGGGGGUCCCCGAGGUUCCCGGUCCGCCCAAUCAGUUUCCGGGACUCGGAAGGCAGCGUGGGCGAGGAGCCAGAGGCGACCGAGAGCAGGCCAAGCAGUAUCCAGAUACCCCCUCCUAUUGUUUCUGGGCUUAAGACCUGGCCUGAGGAGAGAGGCUCCAUUAUGGCUCAGUGUGUUGCUGCUUCCAACCCACAGCCUGAAGAAAAGUGAAACCCACUGUGAUUUUAUAUUUGUGUCCAAUAAGAAGACUGAGCACUCUGAGGCCAUCACACCCCGAGGGAUACACUACCUGUCCCAGAUGUUCAGGCCUCAGAAGUCACGACCUGCGGAAACCUGGAGGAGUCCGGCUGACAGCCAGAACUGCGGGUCCAGACCUACACCCCCAGGUGAGCCGCCCUCCGCCGGCUCCAGUGGCCAGACUCGCUCCGGCUGAGGCCUCGGUGGUGCUGGGGCGCAUGAACAGUUCUCACCACGUCCUGCCUGCUUUCCUCGCCUACACACACUCGAGAGCAUUAGAAAAUAGCUGUUGUUGGAAAAAGUGCUAUCGGGCAGCAGAAACUAGGAGCAGAGGCACAAAAGAGAAUAGAGAAUACCGAAAAAUAAGGAAUGGGUAUAAUCGCUCUUGAAUUGUGAUUGUUGGUCUUCUCAGAUGCAACUUUUUCAUUCAUGUAUCCAUUCAUUCAAGAAAAGUGUCUGAGACGGCUGCCAACCAGGCAUUGUACUUAGCCUGGGGUUGCAAAACCUGAAUAAAAUAGCUCUGCCCUGGG